AUGCUGCAUGAGAUGCACAUUCUGACUGCGAUCAGCCACCCCUGCUUGGUGAACCUGUUGGGAGCGAAUCUGGAUAGGGAGCAGGAGCCUCUUUUUGUGACAGAGUUCAUGGAGGGCGGCGACGUGGAAACCUACAUGCACAAGCAGCGCCAGUCAUCGCAGCUUGGAAAGAAGUACAAGAGACCCUGCCCAAAAUCUCGAACUUAA